AUGGCGUCCCGCCGCGCCCUCGUCUCCUCCGCCCUCCGCGCCUCCUCGGCCAUCCGCCCCGCGCGGCCCGUCUUCGCCCUCGCCUGCCGAGCAGCAGCAGCUCAGCGCAUUCAACCCUUGGUGCCCCGCGCCUCCGUAGCGCCUAGGACCGCUCGGUGGUUUUCGACCGAGGACACAGUACCGGGGAGCAAGAUUUGGGAGUUUGCCGAGAUCAAGAAGCAGGUUGAGGAGGGCAAGGGGGGUAAGGUUGUCAUUGUCGACGUCCGUGAACCCCGCGAGCUCUUCCAGACGGGCAAGAUCCCCGGCGCCAUCAACAUCCCCAUCACAAGCGCCGUUCAAAGCUUCCACAUCCCCGAAGAGGACUUUGAGGAGAUGUACGGCUUCGAGCGGCCCCCCAAGGAUGCCGAGCUACUCUUCUACUGCAAGGCUGGUGUGCGCGCGAGGGCUGCUGCCGGGCUGGCUAAGCACGCCGGCUGGGAGAACGUCGGCGAGUAUCCCGGCAGCUGGCUGGACUGGGAGGCACAGAACGGACCGGUUGAAAAGGUUGAGAGCAAGGAGGACGGCUAUUUGGACAACUCUCAAUAA